AUGAAGUCUUUUGUGGCAAAGGUGGAAGAAGGAGUUAAAGGGGAAGAUGGAAAGCCAUCGGUAGGUCCGGUGUACCGGAAUAUAUUGUCAGAGAAAGGUUUUCCUCCUCGUGAUUCUGAUAUCACGACCACUUGGGACAUUUUCAGUAAAUCAGUGGAGAAAUUCCCUGGUAACAACAUGCUUGGAUGGCGUCAAAUUGUCGAUGAGAAGGUUGGACCGUAUAUGUGGAAAACGUACAAGGAAGUAUACGAAGAAGUUCUUCACAUCGGCUCUGCGCUACGAGCCGCCGGAGCUGAACUUGGUUGUCGAGUGGGGAUUUAUGGAGCUAAUUGUCCUCAAUGGAUCAUAGCAAUGGAGGCUUGUGCGGCUCACACUCUAAUCUGCGUACCUCUAUAUGAUACCCUGGGUCCAGGAGCUGUCGAUUAUAUCGUCAAUCAUGCGGAGAUCGAUUUUGUGUUUGUCCAGAACACAAAAAUUGAAGGACUUAUUGAGCCAGAUUGCAAAAGUGCAAAACGCCUAAAAGCGAUCGUUUCUUUCACUAAUGUGAGCGAAGAGCAGAGCGUUAAGGCUUCAGAAAUUGAAGUCAAAGCAUACUCGUGGCUUGAUUUUCUCCAUUUGGGACAAGAGAAGCCGGAAGAGAUCAACCCGCCUAAACCGUCUAACGUGUGCACCAUAAUGUACACUAGCGGAACAAGCGGUGAACCUAAAGGUGUGGUUUUGACCCACGAAGCGGCCGCUACUUGCGUUAUUGGGAUGGAUAUCUGCUUGGACCAGUUCGAAGACAAGAUGACUCAUGACGAUGUUUAUCUCUCGUUCUUGCCGUUGGCUCAUAUUCUUGACCGUGCAAAUGAGGAAUACUUCUUCCGUAAAGGCGCUUCCGUUGGCUAUUACCAUGGAGAUUUGAAUGCAUUACACGAUGAUAUUCAAGAAUUGAAACCGACUUUUCUAGCCGGAGUUCCGAGAGUCUUUGAGAGGAUCCAUGAGGGUAUUCAAAAGGCUCUUCAGGAGCUUAACCCAAGAAGGAGACUCAUCUUCUAUGCUCUCUAUAAAUACAAACUUGCGUGGAUGAAUCGUGGAUAUUCUCACAGUAAAGCUUCACGCGUGGCUGACUUCAUAGCUUUCAAAAAGAUUAAAAACCAAUUAGGAGGUCGAAUUCGGUUGCUAGUAUCUGGAGGAGCACCAUUGAGUCCUGAGAUCGAAGAGUUCUUGAGAGUUACUUCUUGUUGUUUCGUCCUCCAAGGCUAUGGUCUAACGGAGACACUUGGAGGAACUUCUUUGUGUUACCCUGACGACAUGAGUAUGCUUGGGACGGUCGGAAUUCCAGCAGUUUACAAUGAGAUACGGCUUGAGGAGGUGCCGGAGAUGGGCUAUGACCCCCUAGGGGAAAAUCCUUCAGGGGAGAUCUGUAUAAGAGGAAAAUGUCUGUUCUCUGGGUAUUACAAGAACCCUGAACUCACUGAAGAAGUCAUGAAAGACGGAUGGUUCCAUACAGGAGAUAUAGGUGAGAUUCUUCCAAACGGAGUACUAAAGGUCAUUGAUCGUAAGAAGAAUCUGAUCAAACUCUCUCAAGGAGAAUAUGUUGCUCUCGAGCAUUUGGAAAGCAUCUACGGACAAAACCCCAUAGUCCAAGAUAUAUGGGUUUACGGAGACAGCUUCAAAUCUAUGCUUGUCGCUGUGAUUAUUCCCAAUCCAGAAACCCUAAACCGGUGGGCAAAAGUUCUCGGUUUGACUAAACCAUUCGAAGAACUCUGUUCUCUCUCGGAGAUACAAGAACAUAUAAUUUCAGAACUGAAGUCCACGGCAGAGAAGAACAAGCUAAGCAGGUUUGAGUACAUAAAGGCGGUGACGGUUGAUACAAAGCCUUUUGAUAUAGAAAGAGACUUGGUGACUGCGACGCUAAAGAACAAGAGAAACAAUCUUCUCAAGUAUUAUCAGGUAUCAGUCGACGAAAUGUACAGAAAACUGGAGCCAAAAAGAAGCUGAAAAAGUGUUGUUAUUUGUGUGCAAUUAUAUUUGUUUUAUAACUAGGUACUAA